AUGUUUUUUGGUCCUGUAAAUCAGUCACUUACAAAAAAGUUAAACUUGAUCCACGAGAAUAUUUGUUACGACUUUUAUAAUUACAAGAAUACUUUGACCAAAGCAUUGAUAUUUUUAAUGAAAUGGCGAUUCUUUGAGAUAUUUCAUUGCUCAUUCAAUGAAACCACUUAUGGUAGCAAGAAUCCAGGUGGAAAAUUUCUCAGCUAUGACAUUAUUGUUUUUGAUUUUGGAUUACUGCACAAGCUUAUCCAUGUUGAGGAAUGCAUCGCAAACUAUUUGGACGGCGGUUAUAUGCGGUGUUUGUGGUGCAUCGGGCAGGUAUUUGUGUUGUUAGCGGCUCUUCUCGUCAUAGUAGUAAUCCGAAAUACUCAUCCAAUUCACAUCUGGCCAGUGCUUAUUGUACAAAACGCGUAUUGUUUUGGCUUGGUUAUAUUGACCAUCGCAACGGCAGAUAAACUACUAACAAACAUUUUGCACCCCGUCAAUGGUCACCUGCUAUUAUUAAUUGGGGCUUUUUUCUUAGGUACAUGUAUGAAUCAUUUGUUUGAUUACAUUUUAUGGCACUAUUAUUGGUAUCGAGAAGCUGAGUAUGUAAAAUGCACUGGACACCAAGUCAUUUCUUUCUAG